UCUCGACUCCAGCUCUGGGCUACAGCUGCAUACCCGAUGCCCUUUAUCAAACCUUUCCCAAUCGCGACUAUUGCCACAAUUCCAUGAAGAUAAUUCCCGUGGGUGCCUUGUUCCCAUCGUAUGUGGGUGCUUUCCUUAAUUUAGUUUCUUCAAACCGCCAUGUUUCUCAUGCAUCACAUCCCCUCACGUGUUGUAACUACCGGUUUCAUUCACGUCUUCACUUAACGUCAUUGUUAGGUCGGAAAUUCCUAGGAACUAUAUCUGCUGAGUGUCGACGGACUAGCUGGGCCUUGUCGAACCCGUGUAACAUAGACAUGUGGAUGGUGGGUUUGCAAAAAUUCCAGUCAUGGGGUUUUGUGUACACCGAGUUGACGACCAAACAUUCUGGGCGUCAGUAAGAUUCUCCUUAACUGGGCGUUCUCGCCAUCCGCCGGAGAGUACUACAAGGAACGAUGGUCAGAGUUACUUGUUGGGAAACUGUUCAUCUGCCACCAUAAUACAUAAUAUUGGUAUAUAAGCUCAGCAUACGCA